AUGGGCCAUUGUCUUAGCUGUUUUAAUAACCAUACAAAUGCUGAUGUUGUGACAUCGCCAAAUAGAAAGAAUGAUGAGAUAACAGAAAUUACCACAAAUCAACCACCAAAUUCUGUCACUCCUGAUUUCCCACAAGAAGAGCCACUCCUGCACAACAGUGAAAAUAAUAUAAAUUAUCACAAAGUUAUAAGUCACAGUCAUAAUACUAAUUUAGUAUCCUCUGCAACUAACAAUUCUAUUGAUACAAGCAGUGAUUAUGUACAAAAAAUACAUCAGAAUUCAGAAAAAAGUAAGGCUUUCUAUCACAACAUUAUUCCUUCCAUUCCUCGAACAAUGUCAUCUUUGGGAUCAAACGAAUUAAAGGUAUCCGAAAGCAAAAUAAAUCAAUUAUUUGAUCAUUACAAAGAUUCCCUGGAAGAUGCAAUACUGGCUGAAGGUAUAGAAAAUUUAUGCAAUGAUCUACAAUUAGAUCCAGACAAUUUCAAAGUUUUAGUUCUAGCUUGGAAGCUGAAUGCUAGUCAAAUGUGUAGGUUUACACGAGCUGAAUUUAUACAAGGUCUGAAAAACAUGAAAACUGACUCCAUCAAGGGAAUUCAACAAAAAUUAAGUGAAAUUGCAAACACUUUAGAUAGUGAUUCAGAACAAUUUAAAGAUUUGUACCGGUUUACAUUCAAAUUUGGUCUAGAUGUCACCUCUGGUCAGAGGAUACUGCCUUCAGAUAUUGCUAUCGUUCUUUGGCGCCUUGUCUUCACAAAUAAUGAGCCACCCAUUUUGGACAAAUGGCUGGCAUAUUUAGAGAAGAACCCACACAUCCGAGGAGUACCGAAAGAUACUUGGAAUAUGUUUUUAAAUUUUUGUGAAUUUGUGGGAGAAGACUUAAGUAGCUAUGAUGAUACGGAAGCUUGGCCCAGCCUCUUCGAUGACUUUGUAGAAUUUGAAAACGAUCAGAUGAAUCAGAAUAUCUCAAAAAAUAAUGUAAUUAUUCAGGACUGA